AUGGCUCCGAAGAAGCCUGUCCAAGAGGAAAAACUCCUCCUCGGCAGGCCGGGCAACAACCUCAAGAGCGGCAUCGUUGGGCUUGCGAAUGUCGGUAAAUCAACGCUGUUCCAGGCAAUCACCAAGUGCCAUCUCGGUAACCCUGCCAAUUUCCCGUAUGCCACCAUUGACCCCGAAGAGGCCCGCGUCAUUGUGCCCGACGAGCGGUUCGACUGGCUGGUAGAGCACUACAAGCCCAAGUCGGUCGUGCCUGCCAAUUUGACCGUCUACGACAUUGCUGGUCUCACAAAAGGCGCGUCAACUGGCGCUGGUCUGGGAAACGCUUUCCUUUCGCAUAUUCGAGCUGUCGAUGCCAUCUUCCAGGUUGUCCGAUGCUUCGACGACGCCGAGAUCAUUCACGUCGAGGGCGACGUGGACCCCGUCCGCGACCUGAACAUCAUCAGCGAGGAAUUGCGCCUCAAGGAUAUCGAGUUCGUCGAGAAAGCUCAUGAGAGGCUCGUCAAGGAAACUAGGAGAGGCGGCCAGAGCCUGGAGAUGAGGAAGUUGAAGGAGGAGCAGGCCACCGUAGAAAAGAUCCUUGACAUGCUCAAGAAUGGCAAGGACGUGCGGAGGGGCAACUGGACACCGAAGGAGGUCGAAGUCAUCAAUCCCCUCUUCCUCCUCACCGCCAAGCCUGUCGUCUAUCUCGUCAACCUCAGCGAGAGGGACUACAUCCGCCAGAAGAACAAGCACCUCCCCAAGAUUGCCCAAUGGGUCAAGGAAAACACGGAGGGUGACCCUAUCAUCCCAGUUUCCGUUUCUCUCGAAGAGCGUCUGGGAGCCAUUACCGAAGAGGAGGCCGCCGAGGAAUGCAAGAAGCUCGGCACCAAGUCCGCGCUGCCCAAGAUCAUUGUCACCAUGCGUAAAGCUCUCAAUCUCGGCAGCUUUUUCACAACUGGUGCAGACGAGGUCAGGCAAUGGACGAUACGAAAUGGUACCAAGGCCCCGCAGGCUGCUGGAGUCAUUCACGGCGAUUUCGAGAAGACGUUCAUUCAGGCGAUCGUGUAUAACUACAACGUGUUGAAAGAGGAGGGUGACGAGGCAGGUGUCAAGGCGAAGGGCAAGGUCAUGACCAAGGGCAAGGACUACGUGGUCGAGGAUGGUGACAUUUUGCUCAUCAAGGCCGGUGCUGCGAAGGGUUAA